GAAAGUGCUUGGACCAUGGCUCUGGCCUCUGGGGUGACGUCGCGGUCUCUUUUGGUAGCUGACAGCGCUGAGCCCCUCCUGCCAUAUGCCAAGUGGGCGCCUGUGGCUCGUGAUGAUGAGUGUGAGCUGUCUCCGGCUCUAAAAGAAACUCCAUCCAUUAAUACUCAAAGUCGAGUCCAAAGUCUUCCUCCAUGCGCGUCUAAUUUUUCUUACUUUGGAAGUGACAAAUAUGUCAGCGUCCGUCUCAUAACCUCUCCUCUCAGGUCGCCUUGUAACAACUACUUCUUCAUCUUCCGGCGGCCCCGCGAUAUUGAGCUACCUCUACUACAUCACCAGAGCUUCCGAGAAAUCGUCCACACCGACAUACAAAGAGAUCAUUGAUAUAACAUAAACUCUACGGAGAGAGAUCUCUUGCCCUUUAGCAACUACAAGGCGGUGAAGCCACGGUUUGCCAAAAUGGAAGCCCGAAAGAUCAUCGAGAGCGUCCAGGGUAUCUAUGGCGGCCAAACAACUCAUGGCACUUUGCGACUGACCGAUUUUCAUCUGGUAUUCUGCGCACCCAUCGAUCAAUCCGCCAAACCCUCAGAAAGUUCGUCUCACAAGCCCAAAGUUCGUGAGAGAUGGAUUCCAUAUCCCAUGCUGUGCUAUUGCGCACUUCGGCCGGUGCCACCCGGAUCUCGCCAGGCUCCAUCGAUCCGUUUACGAUGUCGUGACUUCACCUUUGUGACAUUCAACUUCACCGACAGCGAGAUUGCCCGAGAAGCUUUCGAUUUCAUCAAGUCUCGAACUUGCAAACUAGGAACAGUAGAGAAGCUCUAUGCUUUCUCCCACAAGCCUCUAAAGCAUGAGCGAGAGGUUGGCGGUUGGUCGGUCUAUGAUCCAAAAGCAGAGUUCAGACGCCAGGGUAUCAGCGAGAAGUUGCCUGAUAAAGGUUGGAGGAUCACGCAUAUCAACAAGGACUAUACCUUUUGCGAUACAUAUCCUGCUUUUCUGGUUGUUCCCUCCAAGAUCUCGGAUAACGUCCUUAAGUAUGCGAAGGAGUUCCGCUCGAGAAACCGUGUGCCGGCUCUGUCAUACAUUCAUCCAGUAAACAACUGUACCAUCACUCGAAGCUCUCAGCCCCUCUCUGGCAUCACAAGGAAGACAAACGUGCAAGACGAGAAACUAGUAGCGGCAUCGUUCAACGCCCUAUUGCCGCCAGGCUCUGAGGAAAGCACGCCUCUAUCGAGUCAGCCCGAUGUGUCCCUUGGAAACUCGUCACUGGAGACGGAGCUUUCGGAGACGGAACGAUAUGAAGAUGAGCUCAUUUCGAGAUCCGUUGCCGUUUAUGAUUCUUCUGGGAAGCGUCAAGUAUAUGGUGCACAGCAGAGCAACUUGAUUGUGGAUGCUCGUCCUACUAUCAAUGCAAUGGUGAAUCAAGUACAAGGAAUGGGCUCGGAAAAUAUGGACAAGUACAAGUUUGCACGCAAGAUAUUCCUUAGUAUUGAGAAUAUUCACGUCAUGCGAAGCUCCCUCAACAAGGUCAUUGACGCACUCAAAGACGCCGACAUUUCACCUUUACCGCCAAACAGAGAGCUACUCCAUCAAAGUGGCUGGUUACGGCACAUUCAUGAUGUUCUGGAUGGCUCAGCUAUAAUUGCAAGACAGAUCGGAAUCAACCAUUCACAUGUUCUCAUUCACUGCUCCGACGGCUGGGACCGUACAAGCCAGCUCAGUGCUUUGGCUCAAAUCAUGUUGGACCCCUACUACCGCACAAUUGAGGGUUUCAUUGUUCUUGUGGAAAAAGAUUGGUUGUCUUUUGGUCACAUGUUCAGGCUUCGAUCGGGCCACUUGAACCACGAGGAUUGGUUCACCGUGCAGAAAGAUGCUUUUGCAGGUUCCAAGGUACAGCCCGGAGAGAACGAUGGCCGGGGUGACGCGUUCCAGAAUGUGCUGAGUGGAGCGAAGCGUUUCUUCAACCAGAAUAAAGAUGACCCCGACUUGGCUGCAGUUAGUGAAACAGCUCCUGGAAAGGUUGUUGAUGAUGAAGCUACCUCUCCAAAGAUGGUCAGUCCUGUCUUCCACCAGUUCCUUGACUGCACCUAUCAACUUUUACGCCAAAACAAGACUCGUUUUGAGUAUAACGAGCGCUUCCUGCGCCGCCUUCUAUACCACCUGUACUCGUGCCAGUACGGCACUUUCCUCUUUAAUUCAGAGAAGCAGAGAAAAGAUGCGCGAGCUGCAGAACGGACAUCUUCCGUUUGGGACUACUUUCUGUGUCGGCGAGCUGAGUUCACAAACCCCGACUUCGAUGCCAGUAUCGACGAUCACGUCAAAGGACAGGAGCGGAUCCUGUUACCGCGACUGAAGGAGAUAAGAUGGUGGCAUCAGUUGUUCGGAAGAACUGAGGAUGAGAUGAACGGCGGUUUGAACGCCGCCGCAGCAGCAGAGACUGACCGCCAAACCGCCAUAUCAAAUUUACAGUAUCCCAGCGUUAUCCAAGCAGAUGCCGACCCUCGGUCAUCCACUUCAAGCUCCAAGUCGGGGCCACCCUCGGUUCUCACAGGAGUUGAGACUGCCCACGAGACACUCACCCCUGAAUCGCGACAUACGCCAAUCGAACGGAGCGCAUCUACAGAACCAAGCGGUAACGCCUUUGCCGCUAUCAGGGAUGGGAUUGCAGGUCUCAAUCUAGGCAAGGGAAUGCUGGGGCAAUUUACAAAUACUGGCGAGUCAGCGUCGUCGUCAAGUUCGGCUCCCGCACCAGCUCGUAGCGACCAGGAGCUACGUGAGAUGAUAUAGAAGGUCAUGUUUCCAGAGUCGGAUCCUGGCCCUUACUUGAUUGUCGAGACCCAUGAAUCCGUGCGACACUGUUGUCCCUGGCUACACCCGCCCGUAGCACCGCCGCUUCUGACAACAGAGUCUGACGCACCGUCAACGCUUGAGCGCUGCAGCUUCUACAGUGUACCCAGCGAUCUCAGUGGAGAGUGGGAGUAUAUCAAGCGGCGCGACUCUGAGUCUUUGGGCCUUCACUCAAGACUUAACUCCAUUGAUAGUCUCCAGCCCGAUGCGGGCCUGCCGACGCCGUGUCACUCUCCAACCAUUGAAACGCCAAAACCUGUGGCAAAGCUUGAGAGAGUCCUCUUCAAAUCUGAUAGGCAGAGGCGUGCGAUGGCAAAUUCCGAGAUGUAAGCAUAGCAUUCGGAUUCAUGAUGUCUGAGUUCUCACACUUGGUUUCCUGAUUUACACAUGCGGACGUUUUUGUUGGCGCUAGAGGCAGUAUCAUGAGCCGGCUCUGGCGUUUAACUUGAGUGGUGAUGACAUUCUGAUUUUGCGCCAAUCACGCGGUACACGGCGAGGGCUUAGACAGCAAUAGACUCCUUCAAGACUACGUGAAUUAGGUAGGUAGUUAUAGAGUGUAGUAAAUCAAAACCUUCGGUUAACUCAUAAGUUCAACGUUCGGCCUUGCUUGGUUUCUUCUUUAUUUUUGUCUAUCUUGUAAAGUCAUCCUAGUUAUGGAAACGUGUUUGUUCAC